CCUGAUGGCACUCGCCUUCUGUCAGGGGGAAAUAUUCUUGAUCCUACUAUACGAGAGUGGGAUGCAUCGACUUGGCAGCAGGUUGGUGAUCCCUGGACGGGCCAUACCGAACAGAUCAACGCCAUUGCCAUGCAUGGCACACUUGUCGCCUCCGCAUCUGAUGACAGGCAUAUCCGCCUCUGGCGGCUCUCCGAUCAAGAAACCAUUGCCAUAUUCGACCAUUCUUGUCGGGUGAACUGUGUCACCUUCUCCAUAGAUGGCAGGCGCAUCCUCGGUGGGGGUGAGGAUAAGAAAAUCUCUGUGUGGGCAGUACCGGAAGAUGCUUUGCUAGAGGACGCUCUAGAGGAACCGGCAUCCAACGAUGAUGUCCCAUGCACUUCGUAUUUUUCCCCGUCUCUUCAUCAUCUCAUCUCGCGCAAGGAUGACACUCCAAACGAACAGGCUUCCAACAAGGAUGCCCCAAAUAGUGAACAGCUGCACCAGCAGCGAUCUGAAGCAGAAGGUGCUAUUCAAAUGGCGAUUGAUACUCACCUUGACAACGCCCCACUUCGUCUACUCCACACAACCACCGGGCUCUUAUGUGACCGACAGGCUCCUAGCUUCGAAAAAAGCACACCGAGGAAGUGGUCGCGACGUACUUCCGUUGGGCCAUGUUAUCCCAUAGGUGGGAUGGCAAGGAGCAGUUGCUGAGCGACAUUCGGGGGGAGAUUAUAUACGAGUUGGAGGCAGUUGGCAGCGUCGUGAAGUUGCAGUCAUUCUGUAACGUGGCCCGUGAUGAGGGGUAUCACUGGGCAUGGAUUGAUUCAUGUUGCAUCGACCAA